AUGAAACACCGCAGGACCCUUCCUCCACCUCCAUUCAGAGAAGCUCCUGCCAUCGGUAAAGAAAGAAGUAGAAAUAUUUGUGUGCCUCAGGUCCUAAGUGUCACUAUAGCUUUUGAUCCUGCAAAAUCAAGUUACUAUGAGGUUGUGGGUGUCUGCAGAGUAGAUAUCAGGAAAGAUGUGCUUCAUAUUGAAAUCUACUCUUCCAAGACAGACUCUUGGAGAGAUGCAGGAGAUCCCUUUCCUUUCCCAUCACCUGUUAGAUUAUGGCAGUCUGGUGUGUAUUGGAAUGGUUCAGUGCACUGGUUUGACCAGUGGACCGGAACUCUUCAUUAUUUUGAUAGUGAUUGUGAAUCAAUGAAGACAGUUGCAAUGCCAGUGCAGUCGAAUUCCGGAGGAGAUUAUAGCAAGCAUAUUGUAUACUUUGGCGAGUGCAGGGGGCAUAUGCAUCUUAUGCUGAUGGUCAAGGGCGACAUCCCCCGUUUUGACAUUUGGGAGAUGCGAAUGGACUAUUCGGGAUGGAAUGUCAAGUAUUGCGUUGAUCUUAGUCCAUUAACAACUGUAUAUCCUGGCAUUCUACUAGAAAGAGCUCAAUUCUCCGGUCGUUUUGCAUUGGAUUUACUGCUUAUUGAGGAAGGCGAAGAUUCAUCAAGGUUAAUAUCAUGGAUACCGGAGGACAAGGUGAUAUCCUUUGACCUUGAUGAUAAGAAUUUUAAUGAAAUGUAUGAUGUUAAUCCAGGUGUUUGUGUGCAGGGAUCUCAAUAUAUCGAAGCACUCUCUCAUGUUUGA